AUGUCGUCUCCCGGUGGCUCCAUCAAGGCCGAGACGACCUCGUCCGCUGCGCCGGUACCAAAUGAAUCACCCACGACCACCGCGGCCCCCGCGCCCGUGACCACAACGGCUCCCGCCCAACCCGCAACCACCUCGCCCGUCACCAGCAUUCCUCCGGUCCCAUCAACAACGAGCACCUCGUCCUCUACAACCUCCACCACUUCGUCCACGUCCACUUCCAGCACGUCGACCACAACGUCAGCGCCGCCGCCGCCACCGACGACCUCUACAUCAUCCUCCUCUUCCACAUCAACCACUCUGCAAACGGUCCCAAGUGAUCCGAGCACCACCUCUCCGCCGCUUUCAACCUCGACCUCGACCGAUGCGAACAACUCGCAGACCAUCGUGGUCAUCACGAGGACGCAGACCGACUCUCUCACCUCCAGCACAGGGACCUCGGCAAGUUCGGCUGCCGCGAGCGCAACGGACUCGGGCGCAGCCCUGGCAGCAUCGAAUGCCAGUAGUGGCAAAGGUUUAUCAUCGGGGGGUACGAUCGCCGUUGCCGUCGUUGUCCCCGUUGUCUCGGUGGCUUUGAUUGUCCUUGCUGCGUUAUGGUUCUGGCGCAAGCGCAAGGCGAAAAAGGCGGCUGAAGAAGAGCGCCGGAAAGAAGUCGAGGAGUACGGUUUCAACCCGAACAAUGACCCCAGUCUCCCGGGGGUCAUGGCCGCCGGCUCCGUCGCUCCCAAGGAUGAUGCCACCUCUGGGUACCGCGGCUGGGGUACGACCUCCGCCGGCCGCAAGGCCUCCACCAAUCUGUCCAGCGGCGUGGGUGGCUUGGCCAUGUCCGAAACUGGCGGCGGUUAUCAGCACGUCACAACCCCGAGCGAAGGCACCAUGCAGUAUUCCGACGGGACUCGCCCAGAAUCGGGGGAGAUUGAACCAAUUGGCGUGCUCGGUGCGGCGCCCGUCGCGGCCAACAACCGUGGCGGGGAUAUUCAUCGUGGUCCCUCUAACGCUUCAUCGGCAUACUCGGCUGCCAACCGCUCCGAUGCCUCGGAGGAGAGCCAUAUGUCAGCAGGACACCCCUCGAGUGGCUACUACGGGGAGAAUCCCUACUAUGGCGAUGUGGCGACCCACGGGGCCUACGGCGCUGAGGAUUACCAACCCGUCAUUCGUGACGUCCAGGCACGCCGUAACACGCGUAUCGAGAACCCCGGAGUGUACCCUCGCGGAAAUGCCGGUAUCGCUCAAAAUUUCUAA